AUCCUAGCGAUAUCCUUCCAGAGCAGCCAAUAUCUCAUUUAUCCUGUGAAUCCUACUAAGAAUUAUUGAUAUUGUCAUAAUUACAACCAUACUUCUAUCUAUUCUAUCAAUAGGAGAUAUUCCACAAUCACAUCUCGCAAUCUGAGAAAGCACAUACUUCAACAAAAUACAACAGUUCAACAAAAUCAACAAUAUCGUAUAGACUAUCGUAGAUAUGAAGUUCUCCCAUUCAUUGCAGUUUAAUGCUGUGCCCGAAUGGCUGUCUAAAUACAUCGCCUAUACUACCCUAAAGAAGCUCAUCUACUCGCUCCAGAGAGACAACCUCAGGAGAUCUCACCAGUCAGUGGUUUCGCAGGAUGAAGACCUCGAAGCUGGUGCACAUCUCAUGGCUGACGAAUCACAGACGUAUGGAGCCACGGCUGGUGCUGAAUCUCCGUCGUCAGUGUUUCUUGCUGCUCUCGAUGCUGAGUUGAAGAAGAUCGAUGACUUCUACCAGCUCCAGGAAGCGUUCAUCUUCAAGAGUAUUGACGAAAUUGUCAACGACAUCGAAAACUUUGAACACGAGCUUGAUGGGUCGUCCAUGCUCAAUGGCAAAAACCUGAACUUCUUGAAUCUGAAACUGAAUCACUUGAGACAGACCUCCGAUGCCCUGAACGAAAACUACAUCACCAACACUACUGACCCCGAUACGGAAUUUACACAGCCAGAAGAAGAAGACGACGAUGACGAUGACGAUAUGCGCGACUUUUAUCUCCGUUCACCAAAAUCGCCCAAGAUCUGGAAUAAUAUUAACAAUGCUGCUUCCUCUUCGGCCAAUUUGCCUCCACAGUUGAUUUUGCUCAGUGAAAGCAGAAUUAUCUUGAGAAAGAGAAUUAUCGGUCUUUUCACGACGUUGUCUGAAUUGAAGUCUUACAUCGAGUUGAACCAGACUGGUUUCAAAAAAGCGUUGAAGAAGUUCGAUAAGUCGCUCGACACAAACUUGAAAGAUGGUUACUUGGACAGUUUGCCAAAGAGAUCGUACAUCUUCCAGGAUUCUACCAUUGAUAGAGUCAACGACCGUUUGCAAUCCUUAACAAGACUCUAUGCCUUGAUCUGUAAUCAUGGUGAUGAUUUGGAGGCUGCAAAAUCUGAGUUGUCGAUCCAUUUGCGUGAGCAUGUCGUGUGGGAAAGAAACACUGUGUGGAGAGACAUGAUUGGUUUGGAAAGAAAGACGUAUGCUGCCAACUCGAAGCUGAUAUCUGUAGCUGACCGUCUCAGAAUGGAAAAGAGUGCUGAAGAUGGUGGAAAGCUUGAAGGGCAACUUAUCCACAAGUUCAAUAUCUCGCUUAAAAACCCUGUCUUGAUCAAGUUGGUUUUGAUAGCCACGGUCACGAUCGUGUUGUUGAACUUUUCUCCUUUUGCUGAUAGAGCCCAGAAGAACUGCUUUGCAUUGUUGAUCUGUUCUUCUCUUUUGUGGGCUACUGAAGCCAUCCCCCUUUUUGUAACCUCUUUGUUGAUCCCUUUGUUGAUUGUCAAUCUCGGCGUGUUGAAAAAUGAUGAUGGCUCAGACAUGGACUCUGUAGACUCUUCGAAGUUUAUAUUAUCGACUAUGUGGAACUCCGUCAUAUUGUUGUUAUUGGGAGGUUUUACGUUGGCAGCGGCAUUGUCGAAAUACCACAUCGCCAAGUUGAUAUCUACGUGGAUCUUGUCCAAGGCUGGUACCAACCCUUCCGUUGUUUUGCUUACAAUCAUGGGUGUGGCCUUAUUUGCUUCCAUGUGGGUUUCGAAUGUCGCUGCGCCAGUGCUUUGUUUCUCACUUAUUCAGCCAUUAUUGAGAACAUUGCCUAAGGGCUCCCAGUUCAUCAAUGCCCUUAUCUUGGGUAUAGCUCUAGCAUCCAACGUCGGAGGUAUGGCUUCUCCGAUCGCUUCUCCCCAGAACAUGAUAGCCAUAGGGGCCAUGGACCCACAGCCUUCGUGGGGCCAAUGGUUCGUCAUUGCAUUGCCUGUUUGUGUUUUGUCGUUGUUGCUCAUCUGGAUCUUCUUGUUGAUAACAUUCAACUGUAACUCUAGAAACACCCAUCUUGUUCCCAUCAGAACCAUUGAUAACAAGUUUUCAGGAGUGCAGUGGUUCAUCAUCUCCAUUUCUGUUCUAACCAUCUUCCUCUGGUGCAUUGCUUCGCGUAUCACCGGCAUCUUUGGUGAAAUGGGGAUCAUAGCUCUUCUUCCAAUCAUCUUGUUCUUUGGCUCGGGCUUGUUGUCUACAGAAGAUUUCAACAACUACCCUUGGAACAUUGUCGUGUUGGCUAUGGGUGGUACUGCUUUAGGUAAAGCUGUUGCGUCAUCUGGAUUGUUGAAUACCAUAGCCGUUGCUAUCCAGAAACAAGUAGAGGACUUCUCUUUGUUUGGUGUAGCACUUACCUUUGGCUUCUUGAUCUUGACAAUGGCCACUUUUGUUUCGCACACGGUGGCUGCGCUCAUCAUCAUCCCAUUGGUCUCUGAAAUUGGUAACAACAUGGAAGAGCCCCAUCCCAGACUCCUCAUCAUGAUUAGUGCCUUAUUGUGUUCCGCAGCCAUGGGAUUGCCUACAUCCGGGUUCCCUAAUGUUACUGCCAUUUGCAUGACCGACGAGUUUGGUAAGCCGUACUUGACCGUGGGGACGUUUAUCACCCGUGGUGUGCCAAGUUCAGUUAUAGCCUACGCCAUCAUUGUGUCCAUCGGCUACGCUACGAUGAAGUUGAUCAACUUCUAAACUGAUCGAAUACCCCGCCGUAAGGCCAGACUACUACAUAGUAAACUCAUAAUACAUAUCUGACAUAAAGG